UUUGUUCCCGUUCCUUGAAAGCCUCGCCGCCGCCCACCUCUUUCGUCAAUUGCCUUUGCUUUGCUUUCAGCAUCCGUUUCCCAGCGUCGCCCAAUUCACACCACGCCCAGCAUGAUGAAGCCAUUGACACGCCUGGCCGCGCUGACGUUUGGCAUGGCUAGCGCCUUGCCUGGCGCUCAGAGCAACAAUGAUGCCGUUGCAGGCAUUCGAAGCCUAGCAGAUCGCCUCUUCAAAGGCAACGCCGAUGCCUUUGAUAUUGUGCUCACGGAACAUCACGAGACUUGGUCACGCUGGAACCCGCCCAAGAACGACAAUUACACGGUGUCUGCCGGUAAAGACGGCAAGAUUCUGGUCCAAGGAACGACGCUUAGCGCACUGUCCAAGGGUCUCCGCCACUAUGCUAAUGAAGUCCUUCACUAUGACGAUGCAUGGUUUGUCGACUCUCACCAGACAAUCCCCUCGGGCCUCCAGCCCCCCAAGGAGCCUUUGACGGGUGCCAGUGUUGUUCCGUGGCGCUACAAUCUCAACACGGUGACCUUUUCUUACUCAUUUGUGUGGUACACCUGGGAGGACUGGGAGCGCCUAAUUGACUGGGCUGCGAUCCGUGGUGUCAACAUCCAGCUUGCGUGGGUGGGCUACGAGAAGAUCUACCUCGACUCGUUCCGCGAGCUGGGCUUGACCGACGAUGAAAUCAUCCCCUUCUUCAGCAGCCCGGCGUUCCAGGCCUGGAACAGAUUCGGCAAUGUCCACGGCACCUGGGACAUUGAGAAGCCGCUCUCCAUGGAGUGGAUCAACCAGCAGUUUGACCUGCAGAAGAAGAUUGUCGCCCGCAUGGUCGAGCUGGGCAUCACCCCCGUGCUCCCUGCGUUCCCCGGCUUUGUCCCCGACGCUCUGCCUCGCAUCCGACCCGACGCGCAAAUCAUCAAGACCACCCACUGGGGCGGCUUCCCAGGCAACACGCCCAAGGUGUCGUUCCUGAACCCGCUUGACAAGACGUCCACAGACCUGCAGAAGCUGUUCAUCGAGAAGCAGAUUGACGCCUUUGGCAACGUCACCAACGUCUACACCCUCGACCAGUUCAACGAGGUGACGCCGUCGUCGAGCGACCCUGCCUAUCUCUCGUCUAUUUCGGAAAACACAUACGCCGGUCUCACUGCUGCCAAUCCCGCGUCCAUCUGGCUCCUGCAAGGCUGGCUCUUCUACUCCAGCCGCGACUACUGGACGCAGCCCAAGAUUGAUGCAUACUUAUCUGGUCCCGACACCAAGAGUGACAGCAUGCUGAUCCUCGACCUCUUCACCGAGAGCAAUGCCCAGUGGGAGCGUACGCAGGGUUACUCGGGCCGCCCGUGGAUCUGGUGCGAGCUGCACGACUUUGGCGAGAACAUGGCUCUUGAGGGCCAGAUUGGAAACAUCACCCAGGCGCCCAUUGACGCCCUCGCGCAGUCCAAGUCCAUGGUCGGCAUGGGUCUCACGCCCGAGGGAUACGAAGGCAACGAGAUUGUCUACGACAUUCUGCUUGACCAGGCGUGGUCUGCUCACCCCAUUGACACGCAGUCGUACUUCGCGUCGUGGGCCGCUGUGCGCUACGCCGGCACAAAUGCCACCAUCCCCAAGUCGCUCUUCCAGGCAUGGGAGCUGAUGCGCACCACUGUGUACAACUCGACCGACCCGGGCAUCUUCCAGGUCCCCGUGUCCAUCUACCAAAUGUCGCCCACGCUGCAUGGGCUAGUCGAUCGCCGUGGCCAUUCGCCCCAUCCGACUGCGCUGCACUACGAUCCCAAGGUCCUAAUGCAGGCAUGGUCUCUGAUGCACGCGGCUGUCACGGAGAACCCUAAGCUCUGGGACGUCCCUGCAUUCCAGCUCGACUUUGUCGACGUUGCACGCCAGAUUAUUUCGAACCAGUUUGGCGUUGAGUUUGCCAGCCUGGUUAAUGCGUACAAUGCCUCCUCGCCUGCCGAUAAGAUUGCCCAGGUUGGUAACGAGAUGCUUGAUCUGCUAUCGUGGUUGGACAAGGUCUUGUCUACUACGGACCGCUUCCGCUUGUCGCGCUGGCUGGAUGCGGCGCGCGUCUGGGGUAAGCGCAUUGGUGAUGAGCAGACCAUUGCUUUUGACGCACGCACACAGAUUACCGUCUGGGGUCUGCAGACGUACUUGAACGACUAUGCGGCCAAGGCCUGGUCGGGUCUUACUGCGGGAUACUUUAUCCCUCGCUGGGAGAUUUUUAUUACCUAUCUCCAUGAUGCUCGCGACUCGAACAAGGCUGUCAACGAGACAGCUAUGGCGACGGAUAUUCGCAAGUUUGAGACUAACUGGCAGAUGAAGGGUUGGGAUGCCGGGCCUGGGUGCCAGAAACGUAGAGUCAAGGACGUCGUCGCGGCCAUGGCCAAGAGAUGGCCAGCACUCUUCCCUACUAAAUAAUCGUACAUAAUAUAAUAAGUAGAUAUUAAUGUUCAUUCACAUAUU